AUUCUUUGUCAGAUUGUUAUUGUGUCUUUUUUGUGAUAUUGCUAUGUUUUUUUAUUUAAAAAAUAAAAAUUUUAGUUUAUGUACUUUAACUUUUUGAUAUGUAUGACAAUUUUACGGUCCUGAACAUAUAAUUCCACCUCUUAAGCAUGCCAACACUGGAGGCGUACCGGCGCUGGGCGUGCGGCGCUCUGCUCCCGCACUUCGUGGACUCGGGCGAUACGAGGGUGAGGCCUUGCCGCAGCGACUGCCAACGAGUGGAACAGCGCUGCCCGUUCUUCCUGCCGGGGGACCGCGCCCCUCCCUGGGACCGAGCCCCAGUCUACCCCACGCAGUACGCCGGGGAGCCCACCUUCCUGUGCCUCGACCCACACAUCCCGGAGACGGGCGAGCAGCUGAGCAAGUCGUCGUACGGGCCUGCCUCGUGCUGCUUCUCGCACUGCGGCCCGCCGGGGGCCCCGCUGUGCCGCAGGCGGUGCGAGGGGCCGCGCCCCCCGGACACCGUGCAGCACGCCCCCUACUGCGCGGGGCUCGCUAACCUGAGCGAGCUGCGUCCCGAGCCUCGCCCCGCCCUGUCCGCCUGCCCCUCGACGGUGCUGAUGCCCGCCUCGGCGCCCCGCAUGCGCCCCGCCUGGACUCUUCUCGGACUGCUAUUACACUUCUGUAUGGUGGCAAGGACCGGCGAUACGGAUCACUCGUUGUUACGUCAUACCGUCACGUUCAUUUUAGUCCGUAGUUUUACUCUUGUUUGGGGAAACGCAUAGUGAGAAUUACUUGUGUUUUAUUUUUUUAUUUGAUAUGAAAUAGUGUUACCUAACGGAUUUUCAUGUUAAACAGAAUUCGAUGAUGUACGUACAUUAUGUAGUAAGGCUGUGUACACCCUGACGGCUUGGUGGUGGGGAAAUAAACGAUGGGAAGCUGACGGGACGGUUUCGUGUCGACCUUUUUAAUUUUAUAACUUGCGAGCAUUGUGAUAAAGCCUUAUAGUUACCGGGUGAGGCGUGCUCGUGGCCGCGACGGUCACAUCGUGUCGUUUCUAACUGCUCCGGUGGCUGUGCUGGUGGUUCGAGGUGUCGCUGUUCUCCUCGGUUGCAGACGUAGCUAUUUGCAUUGUAGUUCGGUGAGACGUCCAAAAGUAUAUACUUAAAGCAGGCACUAAGUAUGUUGAUAAUCAUGUGUGAUGUAUGUGACAUAUUGCACAAUUGAUGUGUAGGUAUUAUACAUAGAGUAAAUUUAAUUAGUUUUGUGAUAAAAUGUUCUGUUGAAGAAGUUUCAGAAUUCUUUCUUUUUUUAAUUAUUCCCAUUAGCUGAAAUAAGAAAGAAAUUUUCAAAGUAUCUGAAUGACUAUUAAUAUUAUCAAGUUCAGCAUGUUAAUAUAAUGGAUCAUAUAAUAUUCUCACUGUAAAAACAAAGCAAAUAUUGUGGAUCUUCAAUUUAUUCUUUAACAUUUUGUGUACCUGAGUAUUAUACAGAUUUUUUUUUUGUUUUGCUGAUUUUUUCGUGCCUACGUGAUGCAAAUUACUUAAUUUAAUAUAUAGUUGCCAUUACCUCAAUAAUAACUAUGUAUACGACCACAAUCAGUGCAAACAUUAAGUAUGUGUUAAGUUUCUGAGCCUUCCCUCAGUCCUUGGUUCGGCACGGCUGCGCGACAGCUAGGGGAGGCAGAGCCGUGCUGCCAUCCGCGCGACGCACGGAGGAACUACGCUACGCUAACAAACAUUUCAACUCACACAAACAAUAAGCUAAAGUGGUGCUAAACGAUUACAUAGUGUUAGAAUGAUCCUUCACUUGUCCUGUACCUUUCUUCUACUGAAUUUAUGAAGACUUCUUUACACCAGGACUUCAUAUCCUUCCACAGUCGCAACUUGUCACUGGUACAUUUUGACUCCGAGACAUGUGUUCUUAUUUAGAAGUUGUAACGCGGUGAUGUGUGCGUCCUCCGCAGCACGCCACUCGCUCGGCCGUGGUCUCCGGAUGACGCCGCGUCGCCUCCGUAGGCAGUCAGCAUCUUGUCACAGAAAGCACUAUGAAUCAUACGUUAUACAAACACGCACAUUAUAAUAUAUAAACUAUGGCGUAAAGGUUGUACACAGUCUUUGUUAAGUGAGUAAUAACCACUAUUUGAACAUCCCCCGCUCCCGUAAUUAUAAGCAUUAAACAUUUUAUUUUACGUACCAAGUCUGAGAAUGUGUUCGAACAAUUUGUUCUGUUAACAAGCCUAAAAUAUACAUAGCAUAUAAUGAGUUCUGUUUUCUUUGUUAAGUUUGUUUCUAAAUGGUGUCACCAAAUAAACUGUAGAAGACAGAAAUCUUAAGUAUCACUAGAAUGUUGAUGUACGGAGUAGAAUCGUCUUCAUUACAUUAACAACCAGACGAGUCUCUUGAAGGUAUGCUACUCAUUUUUAAAAAAAAAAAGUAAUAAUAACUAUCCUAAUAAAUAUUCAUGAUCAAAAAUGCACCUGUGCGAUAAAUAAUUUUAAAUUACCUUAAGAUACAUGUAAACUGUAGUUGCUCCUUUGAAAUAACUAUGAAUUUUAGAUGUUAGACAUCCGACAGAGAAACUGAGCUACGGCAAAGAUCAUCAUAUCAAAGACUGGUUUCCCUCUGUCUGCUAGUGUGUCUGGCGGCACACUCAGUUCCUCACACAGCCCGUGUGCUGGCUCGUGAGGACGGACUUCACAAAAGUUGAUUCACAUCUACUAAUAAUACUAACACAUAUUUCUCACAUACUUUUCACUCAUAUUUACAUCCGAUCCAGGGGUUUUUUCCGUUCUCCAAGAAAUAUAUUUUUCUUCAAAAAACUUAAUUUAGAAGAAUGAAAAAUGAGAUAAGACAUAAAAUAUAACAAAAAAAUUGUAAUCGAAAACUUGUAGGAAUAGAAGUGUUAUAAUGUGUGGACAACGUAGCUGAAGUGUAAAUUAUAUUUCAUUUUCCACCUGGGUUGUAUAGUUUGAAAACUAAGCAUAACUCAGACAUUAGUAGCUAGCUGUCAGCCUAAACAUGUGCAUGCAGAGACUGUGGGUGAGUUACACGCUCCCGGCCGGGCGGGCUCGCGAACGCGCGGUGGCGACCUAGCCGCACGGUGAGACCACGCGCGUGUCCCGGCAUCACACAGCUUGCGACUGGUGCGCCCUCCAGCUCCCAGCAGCCUGCCGCGAGACGCGCAGCCCGACGCAGUCUUUCAUGCGAUCAGAUGUAGCUUCCUUCGUGCAGGUUUCGCGUCGCCCCACCAACAACCACUACUGCUAGUCGGCCUGCAUCUCAGGUUCUCAGCCGCGUCAGCACGGCGAGGCAGACUGAAAGCCAGUGCAGAGCUCUGGAACAGUCGCGUGCGAAAGAGACUUGGUCCUUCCUACAGUGAAGGGUGUACAGUCAAGCGGCCAACACUCCCGCUGCUAACCUCAGCUGCGCAAUCAGCCACUGGCACUGCUGUGUUUCCUGUUGUAUAGCAGUUUACACUUCAAAUUUCACAUGUACAUCUCCCUUAUGAUUGUUUGAUCUGUAUUCUCUCCAAGGCAGCUUAUUACAAUUGGUUUUAAAUACAUACCACUUUACUCUGUGCUUAUUUUUCUUUGGUAUUCCCAUUGAAACUAAACUGAAGUUCAUUAUCCAACAAAUCGCUAAUCCAGCAGGGCUCUGGAGCGGAACACGCCAGAUGUUUGUGCAACAAGGUGUAGUGCGUCUCAACCCUGCGUAGCGGUCAGGGUGACCACGACUGGGGCGUGUUGGUUGCUAGGCCGCGCUUCGCAAGCUGCUGUGGCUACAAGUGGAGCAUGGACCAGUUGCAAACUGUCAGCUAUUUACUAUUGUUACAGUUUGGUGCAGAAAUAUUUCAAACCCACCUUCAACUCCUCACCAAAUGAAAAUAAUUUUUUAAACAUCUCAUAUCUGUCUACACAUGCAGUUCCACGUAUAGAUAAUUCUCGAGGAGUUGCACGUAAAACAAAAUAAAUAAUUUGUGUUUCCCAGAGUUAGCUAGCUAUGAAAAUUAGUUGAACAGAGAAAAAUAAAAUGAUGAAUGGAGCAAAAAUGGUUGCAAGUGUUUAAUAACUGUAUGUUCUGUACUUCUGUACACAGGACAGCUUGUGUGGGCAUGAUUCGUUCACGUAGCAACGUUACCGUUGACAUUUGGUCAGCUCAGACACUUCUCCCCUCCACUAGUCCGUGCAUCACCACCACAUACCAACUGCGCCCUUCAUUUGCAGUGAUAACUACUCUGUUGCUCUAAACCCUAAAAGAGAUUAUAUUUUCUUCGAGUUUGCAUUGGCUGAAAUGUCCGGUUGCUGUGUGCAAAACUGCUGAAUGAGACGCAGCUUCUAAUAAAAAUUUCACUCAUCAUUUUAAAAUUUAAUUAACUGAAGACACUUUUGAUGUGAAUUUUACUCAUCUUGCAAUUAUGGUGGCUUUUACAAAAACCUUGACAGUUCCAGUAAUAAAAUAUUUUUCACUUGAAAUUUUACUGUACCAUCACUCAGAUACAAUAAGUGAUAAGAAUUAAUAAGCAAUAACAUUAGUAGUGUAAAUCUUUUUUAAAUAUGGCUUUAAAUCUUAUAUAAUACAAUUUUAGUUUUUGUUGUGUGAAAUUAUUUUUGAUUAGCAGAGUAACGUUGCUUUGUAAACCAAUCUUGUAUCUCAUGAUCUUUAAGUUACAGCAAAAAUUAUGUUGCUUCAAGUAUGGUUUAUUCAAAACAUGUGUAUAGUGCUUUAGUGGCUCAAGUUUUGAGCAUGCUUCACAAGUUUAGGAAUUACCUCAUCUUGCAUUCCACACACGAAGUAGCUACUUGGUUUGGAAAGGCAGCACACUGCAGGAAAUACUUAUUUUCUGAGAAUCAUUAUAAUCAUUGUAACACACAUGAGAAGACAAAUAUCCCUUAUAUGCUCUAGAAAUGUUAAUAAAUUAAAUAUUGUUGUUGGAAGACAGAAAGAUUUUAGACUUUGGAAUGUGAAAAAAUGUCACAUUUGUAAUUUUCAUUAUAGUUGUUUCGUUAGAUUGUUGCCUGUGUUCUCAGAGUUGUAAAUAGCUAUUUAUAACAAAAAAAUUAAUUUUACAGAAAACCAGGUAUUGGAUUUGUGGGGAUUUUAAAUAAAAAAAGAUGAAAGUUGAUGAAAGUUGGAAACAAGAAUGGAUUUUAUAUACUGCAUAAAGAAAUAUGUAUGCACGAAAUGUCCAUAAAAUGUUACAUGCUUUGUGUAUAUCAAACAAAACGUUGUUUUUAUAUAUCAAAAUAUAACAUGGCAAAAAAAAGGAUUUAUCAAUGGAGUUGUUAUAUGCUUGUUUAGAAAAUGUUUAUAUGUAACGAAAUCUGACACCCUGGCAGAGAAACGAGGCGAAUAAAUGAUGUUCAAGUUA